AUGCCUGAAGCUUCAAGUUAUUGUCCUUUGUGCGGCAAGAAAUUCAAAGAUCACUCAUCUGUCGCUCGCCAUAUGAGUCAGCCCUUAUCCGGAUGUAAUACCUGGCUUGACAACCUGAUCCAACUUGAGCAAUCCAGCUGCUCCCCACUGGAAGAUCAUCCCAUGGAAUUGGAUGACAUUGAACCUUACAUAUCCAAGUCCUAUGAACCAGUGGAUUCGGGUGACAUUUUUAGUGAAGGAGAGAGUAUGGAGAGAACGCCUCAGGACAAAACACAAGAUGAGAGUAGCGAGAAAGUGAGAAUGACGACGGCAAAAUUGAUUGGGGAGGAGACCAUGGGUGUCAUAGUGUGCAUCCCGUAUUCGCGAGAUGAAGACGAGAAUCUUGCAAGUGAAUCGUUAGCAGUCGGUGACAAGACCUCCAGUAGCAACAAUAUUAUGGAUGAGCCUACCAAGCUGGAGGAUGUCUUACAGGGUCACCACAAGAAAAAUGGACGUCCGCGCCUCCCUGACCCUGCAAUGCUCGAUCUCAUCCGUCGCCAAGAAACUCAAGCCACGAAUGUGAAGUCAUGCAACUCGGGCGGUAAGGCUAAGAAGGUGAAAUCAUCCAAGUCCAAGGAACCUACUGAAGGCCCUAAGCCGACCCAACUCGGCUGGUAUCCUUCACGGUGGAAGACCUUUCUUGAGGAGACAAAAUCAGAGUGUCGUGCCCAGCACGCAAUCGAGAAUGCAUUCCUGGACGCGGUCAAGGAUCUGCCUCUUUCAGUCACCGAAGCACUCUCAAUGUCACUCGUCGAAUGGCUUGAAGCAGGUAACAAGGUGGAAGCGGGUAUAUGGCCUGACCACAAGGCUGAUAUGGCCAAGCUGCUACAUGAAGACUUAUCAACCUGGCACUCCGACCUCAAGAAGAUAGCCAUCAACAUUGCGCCCUCCAUGUAUAACCUCAUCCCCUCAGCUGACAUACUUCCUCAAGCUCGCACCGCCUGGGUCACAAACGCUACUACAGAACUGUUGGACGACUCUGUGUUUCUUCGCGAUGGUGUGGAUGAACUUGGGAAAACCAACAACACUGCUCAUCCCACACUCAAGGCAGCUGCCAUCACCUUCUUCUACACCGGUUCCUAUCAUAUCGCUCAGAGGAGACCCGAUAUCUUCAAAGAGGAGUUACCUUUGGAGUCUUUGGCUUUGUACAACUGCAUCUUCGAUGGGCUAGUAUUUUCCGAAGUUCACUGCCAAAGACUACUCCUCUGUCUAUUUCUCGAUGGUUGUUGA